AUGGCACCCCCUUCCCUUCCUCCUGCGAACCCUGAUGAGCAUCAGUACUGGACCGAUCCAAUUCUCUGUGAAGAAACUCAAGCCAGACUGGAAUAUUUCCGAAGCCUCGGAUGGCUUCCCCCAAACUACAAGCCCAAGACGCUUGAAGGUCUUGCUGUUAUCAAACGAUACUGGCAAAAAUAUUGCAUCCAGUCAAAUGAGGACUACGUUGAGUAUUUACUCUUGGAGGACCAAGCGAUUUACAUGAAUUUCUUCGAUUGGAUGUACAAGACCUCUUGGAAGAAGCUUCUCCAGUUGUAUGAUGAAUACUGGCAGCGCCUUUGCCAAUACUUUGGUUUAUUCGCCCGGCGCCGCCUGAAUGGGGAAGUCCAUGAACAGAUGCGACGAUUUCUCAAGCACGUAUUCCCUGCCGAGCGCCAGAUCGCCAGGCGUACGAAGAAGAAGAACACCCUGGAUGUGGAUGUCUUCUGCGUCACCUACCGCCAUCACUGGAUCCAUUCGAGAUAUUUCCGGCACGGGAGCAUGAUCAUUCAAUUUAAAGCCUCAUUGGCGGACAAGUCAUCCCUGGGCAAAUGCAAGCGGGACCAGACUUUCCAGAGCGACCUCCCCAAACAUGUAUCAUUGGAUGAUCUCCCAGACACAAUCUGUUACUGUGAUAUCGAACUCUUCUAUCUUAAAGACCCAGACAGCAAACGUGACGUCCUUUGUGCCAUCAUCGAGUUUCACAAUCUCAGAGGUCGGCCAGAAGGUGCUGAUGGGACCAAAUUCUUUAUGCACGGAGAUUAUCAACUGGCAUUCUGUCUGAUCAACCAAAUUAUCUCAUAUGCCUUCCGCGACAGGGCUUUUUUUAAUACCGCGCUAACACCAGAACUAAUAUGGCGGCUUCAAUUAGGUCGCGAUGCAAGGUUCGAGGAUGACAUUAGUCAUUAUAACUACCGGCGCUGGACUGCAAAUGAAGUUAACCGGAACUUUACGAGUCAGGAGCAGAAAAGGGUACUUGGCCAGUCUGGCGAUGCGGUUUUUGAAAAGCACUACCAAUCAGAGUUUAUCCGGCGCGAUCUUCAGCAUGUUGUCCUCCUCCAACCGUCUCAGGAAGGUCUCCUCCGGCUCGCUGGAAGCAUGCUCAGGAAAAGGGAUCUCUCAGCCCCGUACGAUCUUACCGACGGGCAGCGACGUGCCAUUUGCCAAAAGCCCACAAUCUUAGAACUUCGACGAGAGAAGAGAGAGCUGAUAGAGGAGAUGCGAUCACUGGCUGGCACUGUCCAAAAUGUGAAAGAGCCGAAAGAGCUCUCUCAGCUCAGAAAAACCCUAGCAAACGACACCCAAGAGACAGCCAGAAAGGAACAUUUUCACAAUGCGCCCGUGCUCGAAGUCGACAGACAGAUCAAGCAACUUCUCGGCCAGUCUGAUGUCGAAGACUGUGAUGCCGACAGUUCUGGCAAUGAAGAUUGGGAACUUCUCAUCCUGAAAUACGUCUUUCCUGAGCGGGCACGCCUCGUGGAAAAUUUCUACGGACCUGAAGCGGAGAAUUUUAAUGAGGAUAAGCUGCUUGCACGACAUAUCCAAGUUACCAAGGACAUGGUUGCCCUCAUGCAGCUCUGCGAGCCGAAUCGGCGGGGCAACCGAUUCAACUGGAAUAUGGAUGGUGAUGAAAGUGAGAAAUCUGAAGAGCCAUUGAUUCCUAAAGAGGAAACCCUGGAUUGUUCAACGGAUGUUUGCAUCAUCUGUUACAGUUUAUCCCGGCGUUCAGCAUCUAAUCCUCCUCCUCAUAAAUUUCCCUCCAGGCGAAAAGAUUCUCUUCGCCGCCAUCUCAUUGAUUUUCAUCUCGCCUGUGCGCACGACGGGAUCAGCUGUACCUGGGGCAGCCUGCGGCGGUGUCCCUAAGUUCACCAAAGUCACUGAAUUCUUGGCCCAUGCGGCUACCAUUCACAAACAUGACAUCCAAAUUAAACUGCAGCACCUCCCAAAAAGACCCCGGGUAAUGUGCAGUGACACUUCAUCUGUCGACAGCCCGGAUGCUUCUCUCAAAUCAAAUGGUCGUUCAAACACCGAGACUCCUGCUUCGUCCGUUGGCUUUGAGAUAAUAACAUAUCGUUUAUUCUAUAGGCGCAGCCUGUGACAAUUACUUCAGAUAGCAAUUCAGUUCGUUAGUAUCUACUAUUCCGAACCUGUGACAAUAACCAGUCCUUACAUGCAUCCUCCUCCUCCUCUUCUUUCCGACUUUUCUGCUCAGACAACUUAUUCAGAUUCUGAUCUUUGGUCCCUGUAAUAUUUUCCUUCAAGCCCGCCAUGGACCUAUUCCGCAAGUGCCAGACCUACUCCUCGUAAACCAGUCCGAUAUCGAUCCAAAU